AAUCAUUGUAACAUGUAAUUUGUUUUAACUGUACGUAAUAACGGAGUUAAAUAAAGUAAUUAUACAUUGCAUUGGUCUGCUGUGUGUCGGCCAGACUCCUCUUUGUCCACCCCUCCCUGCAUCCACUCCCUACCUCCUCCCUCCCUCAUUCUUUCCCCCUGCUCUGUCACCCUCCCCCUCCUGUCUCUAUUACCUCUUCCAGGUGAACACAGGAAAUACACCUGUUAGUUUGAGCUGCUCGCCUCUCAGGUGAACAUAAUCCCAAAUAAAUAAGAUCAGAAACUGGCUUCUAAAACGUGAUUAUUGCAAUUCUAUCCAGAACGAUGGACAGCUAUAUAAAAAGUACCCUGACAUCCCUCUUCCUGCUUCAAUAUGGUAAGUUUAGUUUUACCUUAUUCUCUCUCUUCUUGUUCUGAAUGAGUCCAAAACAAACCCAAACCAAAGACUGAGCUGUUUAUGUGUAUCCGCUCUAACUGGUCUGUAGAAAAGUUUUCAGUUUGUUUUUUUGGCGUAACAUUUGAAAAUUCACUUUGAAUUCCCAGAACUUUACACAUAUAUACUUAUAUAGAUACUUUCCAGCUCCCAGGAAUCCGAUAAUUUAAAGGACCACUAUAGGCACCCAGACCACUCGUUGAAGUGGUCUAAGUGCCAGGUCCCCCUAGUUUAAACACUGCAGCUGAAAAACUAUGUUCACACUGCAGGGUUAAUACAACCUCUAGUGGCUGUCUCUCUGACAGCCACUAGAGGCGCUUCCGCAAUCCUCAAUAAGAAAAUCGCAUUAAACUCACGUUGGACGUCUUCACGGAGUCCAGCAUCAUUUCAGAUCCCCAUAGGAAAGCAUUUAGUAAUAACUGAGUAAUGCUUUCCUAUAGCUGGUUUCAAUGCGCAUGCCUCUUUCCGUGCAUGCGCAUUCGGCUCCACUCAGGAGCUGACAUCGGAGGGGUCACCAGCGCGGAAGGAGCCCGCCGCUGGAUUAAGGUAAGUGGCUGAAGGGGUUUUAACCCCUACAUCCCAGCGGGAGGGGGGACCUAAUAACCCUAUAGUGCCAGGAAAACUGAUUUGUUGAUGAAUUCUAUUGAAAUAUUUUAUUUUUUUUAUUACAAUUUCUGCUACAUUUUAUAACAAUUACCUGUUGUCUCAUAAUUUUAGCUCAAAUAAGUAAGACCAAAUUUAGGGUAGGGUUCUCCAGAUAGGUUUGCUUUGAUGUUGGCAGGUGAGCUUACACUCUAAUGACCCCUGUAGUGGUACCAAACUAUUUAAAUGUACAUAUAGAUUUUGAAUGGUUUGCGGGUAACUUAGAUUUUGUUUAUAAUUUGAGGCUUAAAAGAAAACAAUCACUUCUGAGGAUUUUAAUAUUGUUUGCUUGUCUCAAUAAUUUAAUAUAAAAAAAAAUAAAAAAAAUGUUAUUCUGCAAAUGGGCGCCUCAAUCUUGUCUCUCUGCGAAUCAUUGCUAUAGGCUCCUGGCAGUCAGCAUAGAGAGAGCAUACAGAGAAGAGGAGAAAUUAAGCAAUGUUGCUCCCUUCUCGCUCUCUAUCUUUUUGUACCCAUAUGAGGUACCUAGCCCUCAGGGAUUUAGCCUAAGGACCGGCUUUUUUUCCCACUAUUUUGUCUAUACUGUUUAUUAUACCGUUGUUACUAUGUGUUUUUUAUUGUGAUGAUUGCGUUGUAUUUUGAUCCACGUUAUUCUGCUGUUCUACUUCUUAUACUUAUUGUAUCUCCUGUGCGGGAAAUUUAUUUUGAUUGUGUAAUAAUUUCUUAGUUUUUUCUUAAAAACUUGAUUAAAAAAUAAAAAAAAGUAGGUAUACAAACUUUGUUAGUACCCACCUCUUUAGAGAGACAGUAAUCAAGCCAGUUGUCAUAUUGUGUAAAAUAUUGCAGUGUGCCCAAUGUUAGGUAUGAUUUGCAUAGUUUUCUAAAAUUGGUAGCAAAGGGGUUAAGUGUAAACACUCCUAUUUCAACUAUCUUGAAUGACAAAGCACAAUACAUAGAGUGCUCCUUUAAACAUUAUAAUUGCACAUCAGACGUUUCCUCUGUGACGAAAUAUGGGGCUCGGUGCUGGGCUCUGUUACUGGAGAUAAACUUAACUGUGGUAAUUACAUAACCGUUCUCCCAUUGACUUCUAUGGGAAAAAUGGUAAUCAGUGAGCAGAGAUAUGCUUAUCCCAUAUAAUAGAAUCCAGCCUUAGCUGCCCAAGACCUGUACAGUUGGUGGAAUUAUGAUAACUGUUGCACUGGCUGACUGCUCGCCAUCCGGACUUAUGGAGUUGUGUGAAAAAAAAGAUGUUGUGCUCUACUUUACCACUGCAAUAAAUUCCUUACAAUAUAAACAAAACACAUUUAUGAUGCAGUAUGUUAAAGGGACACUAUAGUCACCCAGACCACUUCACCUCAAUGAAGUGGUCUGGGUGCGAGGUCCCUCUAGGGCAGGGGUAGGCAACCUUUAAGCAGCACUGUGCCGAUAUAGGAUUGUGAUGUCCCAUAGCGUGCCGGUCCUAUUUUUUUAAAUUGAGGUCUGUAUGCUGCCGUAUUCUGCUUGUGUUAUUUAUACUGUAAUUGUUAUGUAUUGUGCCUAUAUGAGCUAUUAUAUUGUAUAUGUUCAGGAGUAGUUUGUAGUAUCGUGUAUGAUACAUAUGAAUGUGGGCUGUGUAUGGGGGUUGCUUGUGGAAUUGUGUGUGUGGAUGGAUAUGUCACAUUGUGUGUUUGGUAGUUUGUGUAUGUGUGGGGGCUGUUUGGGGUAUUGCAUGUGAGAGGCUGCAUGUGGGGUUGUGUGCAUGUAUGUGGAUUGUUAGCGGGUUACGUUUGUGCAGAUUGUGUGUAUGUUUGUUUGUGGGCUGUUCGUAUUAUUUGUAUGAGGAGAGGGUUAUUGUGCAUUUAUUUGUAUAUCUAGCAUUGUGGGUGGCUUCCCCAGGUUCCAGUGGGGUCCAGGCUGGCCAGGUACAGGUCAAGGACAGGAGCUUCAACAGCAGCUGCAGGCUGCUCUACUACAGUGUGGAUUCCCAUUUACAAGUGCUGGGAGGAAGUGAUAUGAGAUAAUUAUCACUUCCUCUACGUGCUGCAAUGCAUAAAUUGAGGAUUGUCCUUCACCACCUUUUUGUAUUAGCGGAUAUCUGAAGUUUCACUGGGACUCCUGAUAGGCCAGAGUGUGUUUGGCUCCAGCAGCCUUGAGUGCCGUGCAAAGACACCUUGAGUGCCGUGCAUGACACUAGUGCCGUAGGUUGCCUACCCCUGCUCUAGGGUUAACUGCUGUUUACAUUUGUGGUUAAGCCAGCCUCUAGUGGCUGUCUUCCGGCGGCGGGGGAGGGGAGGUAAGGGAGCCCGGCGGUGGAAUAAGGUGAGUAACUGAAGGGGUUUUAACCCCUUCAGCACCACAAGAGGGGGACCCUGAGGGUGGGGGCACCCUCAGGGUACCAUAGUGUCAGGAAAACCAAUGUGUUUUCCUGACACUAUAGUGAUCCUUUAGGUUAUUGUGUAAAAUACGGGAAACUAUGAAGUCAAAUGCACAUAUUUAAGUGCCGCCUUUGGUAAAGAGCAAAGUUAAAACUCUAUAUUUCCUAUUGACCAGUUUUGUUUUUUAGUCUUGAAUGAAAACACAAAAAUUGACAUAGUAUAUCAUCUUUUAUAGUCCUGCCUCAGGACUAUGGACCCUGCAAUGUAACUUGCCCAAUGUACUUUAAAAGGCUCCAUCCUUGCGGUUUAUGUACUUUUGUACUCCAGGCAGAGAGAAUGACCGUUAGCCCUGAUUCCCUGGAACUGUUUUGGGCAUAGGACCAUGUGCACGGUCGAUCAAACUUUUGACUUCCAGGAAAUCCCGAACCCCUGAGCCGAUUUUUGGUCCCCCAGAUCGGUUCUAUCAGGGGAUUUGACUUUUGGGGUUUCCAUGUGUUUUGGGGGUUUUUUCGGGAUACUGUGGAAAUGUAUGUUUUCUGUGCCUGGAGUAAUUGAGUUUAGUACAGUUUCUGACUCAAUUAUCUCUCAGGCACAGGGGAGGGAUUACCCUGUUUUGUCCUGGACCUCAGAGCCAAUGUCAUUAUGUGUAUGUUUUAAUGUAGACUUCUCUCAGGUCCAGUGGGGAAUGCCCCUUGAAUAUGUUAUGGAAAACCCCUUGCAUGGGAACCUGCAUAUAAGGAGUGUUGUGGCUGCCAUUAAACAGUUCUCCUUCACCCUCAACAUAGAGCCUCGUCCCAUGCUUGGAUGGAACAGCUAUAUUCACCCUGGGAAUUGCUAUACUCCUUAUACACCCAUAGAGUAUAAUUAGAUUAGUUUAUAACCUGCUUUACUCUCUGGAUUAGGAGAGGUCUACCCACAGGAAGCUGAAUCGUGGUAUUGGGUCCAGGGUGGGUGGAGGACAACGAGACACCAACCAAGCUGUAAUGCUGGAGGUUAUGGUGUCAGGUGGAGUUCUUGGAAGUACUCGGAGGUACUAGGAUGCAGCGAUUGGCGGAGUCACCCAGUCAGGGUGCCAGGCAUUCCGCCACACACAGAAACGCACUAAAAAAAGUUUGCAUUCAAAUGGUGCCAUGGGACACAUAUAAAAACAUAUAUAGUCAAAAAAUAAUCAUAAAAUACAAUUUCGCAUCUUGACCUUUUCUACAAGGGUAGUCUUUUACCACUCUGGGCGAUUGAUUCUCAUAGAACCACCUCUAUACUGCUUCUUAUUUAGACUCUCCAUUGUGGUGACGUGACCAGGUAAUGUUUAUUGCAUCAAUAUGAAGCACUUGCAUGGUAAUAGAUGAGAAACAUGACUUCAUAUGGAACUGUGUUGCAUUCAUCAUCAUUGACCAUGGCCCUGCAACGGACAGUCAGUUUGGGAAGCAGUAUAGCGGUGGUUCUAUAAGAAUUAACAGCCCUGAUUGGUAAAAGACUUCCACUGUACAUAUCGAACAAUGAUGGAAAUGAGGACCUGUAUUCUAUGAUCUGUGAUUACUUGGAGAAUAUGUGAGUUUAAGUUAUUUCUUUCCCUGAAUUUUGCACAGUAAUGUAAUAUUUUGCACCAUAAAUGUGUUUUGUUUGCACUGUUGUUAAUUUAUUACAGUGGUAAAGUAAUGUCCAAGUGUAAAGUGGGAAUACACUUGACUUGGUGGUUUAUUGUUGCUCGGUCUCUUUAAUAUGCUAUAAGCUGGCACUGUUAUACAUGUCUAUCAGUCUUCUAAAACAUACACGAGGCAUUAAUUAAUGGUGGAAUAAACACAGAGAUUAGUCGUGUUGUAGGAGUCUCUGGAGACUUUUAAUGUUUGGCUAAAUUUGUCUUCAUUGCAACAAGAAUAAGUAAGAUCUGUUUUUUAUCUUAUGUGUUUAGAUCAUUUAUUUAGAUAAUAAUGUCAUGGGGAUCACACUGCUUUCAAGAAAUUGAAGCAGACACUAACUGAUUUGUUCCGCCAUAGAUAUUUAAAGGAAUGUAUACAGUACUCCGUUUGAGCACUGCACAUAGCUAAUUGGUCAUCGGUUUAGUUGUCAACUAAACAUGGCCCCAAAUGUGAGAGUGGAGCCCUUGGUGAUACUUGGGUCUCACUGGUACCAUCAGGGUUGUAGCUUACUGGUACAUAAUAGGUAUGACAAUCCAUGGAAUGCCAUGUGGUAUCUAAGGGAUUAAAGUUUCCUUGACACAUUGCUACAUAUCUAAAUAUUAUGACUGUGAAAUUUACAAACCAACAUAUGUACGUACUCCUUUUGAUAUGCACUAUAGCAUCAAUAAGUUGUCCAAUUACUUCUUUAUUCUAUGCUGCUUUUCAUAAAAAAAAGAAAAAAUCCAUUUGAAAAAAAAAAAACAAAGGAAAAAAUUGGUACUAAAAGUAAUAUAAAAUCAUAAUUCACCUAUUCUGGAAUAGGUAACGUUUUUUAAAUCCACAGGUAGUACAAGAACGGGUAAUUAAUUUUUUUUUAUUAAUAAUAAUUAAAAAAUAUAUAUAUCUUUAUAAAACAAAGUACAUGCACUUGCAUGGUGGAUUCCCUUUGCAUGAGUUCUCUCAAAACUAUUUCCUAGUAGCACCCAUACAUUAUGACGUAUGUUAGAGCUUGCACUUCUAGAAUAUAGAAAGAAUAAUCUCUGUGUGUAUUACAUUCAUGCUGUUCUUUGUACAAUUCUAAAACUGUCUCUUGCUCAGAAAAGCCACCCAUGUCCUAGACCUGCCGAAAAUUAACGGUUAGGGUUAUUAAGAAUCACAAAUCACCGACAAUUAUGACAUUUACAGUUAGGGAUAACUGUAAACUAAAAAACAAAUCCACACAUCUUGUUCUGACCCUGACCCUUAAAUAUGUGCUAAGAAUAAUGGUCAAUGCCAUCAUGAUCCUAAAUCUAUUUCUGACCAUUAACGUGACCCUACCUCUGCUGAUUCUUGCUGUAUGAUGUCUGUCCCUAAACAUAAUUUUAACCCUAGAUGUCAUAAUUAUCGCUGCUUAAUCUCACAACAUCAGCAUCACAACAUCAGUCUGACCCUAACUCUGUUACUUGAUCUCACAACAGGAGAGUAGACAGGUCUGUGGAAUGCAAGAUGCUACUGGUUGUAGACUUCAUCACUGGUACCCUGUAAUCUCUUUAUCCUUUAUUUGACUGCAGCAACAUGCAGGAUCUGUACUCCAACAUUAACUUGCUGGAUGAACGGUCCAAAAUUCCUUUAAACCAUCCAAACCACAGACCGCAAAUAUUACGAGGUGCAUACCAGUGAUGUGUGCUGCUCCAGUUAAUUACUUUCUUGUGUUCUUAAAGAUGGCAUGGGUAGAAGAAUAUAUGAGUAGCAAAGAGUUAUUCCAAGAUAUUUAUGUAAGGUUGGGGAUAUGAUCUCUAUACUAACAGCUGACUCACCAUUGUGUUGCAUAAUAACUGAUCAAACUCUCUGUCAAUUUCUUUCAGCUUUAACCGGUGGACUGGGAGCAGCGAUAAACAUAACAAUUACUAGCCCAUCGAACUUAAUGACAGGAAGUAACAUCAACUUGACAAUUGAAGGAAAUGUUUCCGAUGCAUUGGUUACCUGGACAGUAAAUGAAACCACUAUCAUAACUUUUUUUAACACUACUAAGAUAACCAGUAAGAAUUAUGAAGGUAGAGUGGAUGCAAGUUUAAAUGACCAACUUGUAAUAACGAACGCCAUGAAGACUGACAGUGGUCAAUACAAGGUCUCAGUAAAUAAAUUUGAUGCAUCUUCUGGAACUGGUAGUUCCUCAUUCCAAUUAAAGGUCUACGGUAAGGACAUGAAACCUUUCUGCUGACAACACAUUGCUAGUAUUUAUGUCAAGAGAUGUAUAGAGGAGGAAACCUUAUAAAACAUGCUGGAGCUGCUAUAUUUGUAGUUAUCGUGUUGAUUUCAAAAGUGUUACAAUACUGGGUUCAGGAUGCCACAGCACCUACGUCUAGUAUUUUCCUUUAUAUAGAGCUAAGCAGGCCCAUGUAGGAUCACCAUCAUUGGCUUAGAUCAUCAGAGCCUCUGCUUGCUCUGUCUUUGAGCACAGUCCUACACCAAUCAGGCUGUAUUCUGAAUUGACAUUCAGACUUUUCCUGCAGGAGAAGACCAAAUGUGAUGCAUCUGCAUGAUGGGACAGACGUAGCUUGUCCAACCAUACUAAAAUGAUUUGAUUAUGUGCUGUGGGAUGUCAUCUCAGAUGUGGGCUCUAGGGGGUUUGGAGUGUUCCUUUAAAGGAUACUCAUGCACAACACCUAUGAUGUACUAUGGUAGCAAUGCAAUUAUGCAUCAAUUCCAGUAUACUGACUAAGAAAUGGCGAUUCAGCAGUUAUUCGUCAACCAAUUCACAGGGUUGGAGAACAAUUAAAUAUAUCAAACUAUCAUUUAUUGUCCAGGAUAAAGCAUUAGAGAAUCUAAAUUAAAGAUGGCUGAGCUAUUAAAUGAACACUAUAGCAUUAGGAAUACAAAUGUAAUACUAUAGUGAGCUGAUCACUGGUUAGGGUACAUGUGAAGGAAAAAGAUAGCUUACUUACCUUCUCUCCCUUGCUACAGGGCUCUCUCUGCAGCCCGGACCACUUCCUUGGCUGAGAUCAUCAAUCUUGGUGACCACAGCCAAUCUAAUGCUUCCCCAUAAAAAAAGCAUUGGGAGGCUCUCAACUAUCACAUCAUGCUAUGUAAUAUGUUACUGUAAUUUUACUAUAUGUAACAACACCUGUUAUGUAGCUUAUCCCCCACUUGGGACUCCAACCCUGUCCACCCACCCAGCUAUGUCCUGUGAAGACGAGGGGGGCUCUCUGCUGAAGCACUGAAAUGGUUCAAGCAGUGUGUAGGUGUCACUCCCACUUGUAACUUUAACUUUGUUUGUGCCAGGGCAUUGGGCAAGUGGUCCCCCUAUUUAUAUGCAAUGUCUUAGAGAUGCUUUCAUCUCCAGAGUGUGACAGUGAACACAAAAAGAAUGUAACAUUCUGAACUAAUUGAUAAAAUCUUGUCUUUUUCUCCAUGUAGAUCCUGUUCAGAAUGUAACAGUGGUAUUAUUACCUCAAAUAAAUGUGUCUGAAAAUACCCCUGAAGUCAAUCUGUCCUGCAAAGCAGCCACCGGAGGAGAGACAUUUACCUGGCUGAAGAAUGGGGCACCUCUUCCUGCGAAUUACAGUUACACCUUACUGGAUGGAAACAGAACAUUACAGAUAAAGAGCCCAAACAUAACUUAUAACGGGAAUUAUACCUGCAUUGUGUCGAACCCCGUCAGCUCGAGCAAUAAUACCAUAGAACUGAUAGUUAAACGUAAGUACCUCCAGUCCAGGGAUCAUUAACUAAUGGUCUAAGUAGGACAAAAUAUAAUUUAAAAACCAUGAUAGAACUAUGUUAACAUUUGUAAAAACACAUUCCAUCCACAUGCCAUCAUGGGGGUAAUUCUCAUUCCUGGGCUACCAUACGCUCUCAAAGGCAACGUAACCAACCUGGCCUUUUUCAAAGUAAAAUAUUUGACCCAUAUAUUUGACCCUGUAACUUUCAAAAAUUCUAUAAAACCUGUACAUGGGGGUACUGCUACACUUGGGAGACUUUGCUGAACACAAAUAUUAGUGUUUCAAAACAGGAAAACGUCUCCCGAGUAAAACGGUACCCCCCAUGUACAGGUUUUAGGGUGUCAUAGAAAGUUACAGGGUAAAAUACAGUGCUAGCAAAUUAAAUUCUCUGGGCUUUCGACCUGGGUUGGCAGGCAGGUCCCUCAAAUAGCAAUCAAUAAAAUUACUUAAUUAUGUAAAAAAUAUUACAUAAAUACGCACGUAGAAUUUAAAUAUAUAUGCUUAUUUAUAUAUUUGAAGUCUACGUGUAUAUUUAUAUAAUUAUUUAUAUAAUUUUGUAUAUGGACAUAUGUAUUCGUAUUAUUUUUAUUUAUAUAUACAUAGAUAUAUAUACAAUUUCAUUCUAAGUGUAUUUUGAUAUAAAUAUAUAUAUUACUAUCAAAAUACAGUUAGAAUAAAAUUAGAAUAAAAUUUCAUAUAGAUAUAUAUUUUUUUAAUUUUUAUUAUUUUUACAUGUUUUUAUUUAAUUUAAAUUACUUCUUUGUAUUUUAUAAUAAUAUUUAUAUACAAUAUAUAUAGUUAUUAUAUAUAUAUUAUAUAUAUAUAUAUACGUGUGUAAUUUAAUUCUAAGUGUAUUUUUAUAUUAACAUAUAUAUGACAUAUGUAUGACAUAUAUAUGAUAUAUAGACAUAUAUAGACAUAUAUUAUAUAGAUAUAUGUCUAUUUAUCAUUUAUAUAUAUAUUUUUUUUUUAUUAACUUUAACACAUGGCCACAGGGGUCCUAAUCCACCAUGGGGAGACUGUCUGGGCUGCAGGCAGUUUCCCCACAAUGGGAGCAACACCGAUCGCUGCCGGGGGAACGACAGCGAUCGGGUAAGUACAUUGGACCGUUAGGACGGUUCAGGACCGUCACCGGUCGGCAACGUAAAAAUGCGAUGACGGUUCUGAACCAUCCUCGGUCCUGAAGGAGUUAACUAUUGGGAUUUUAUAAUCAGGGAAGAGUUUACUGUUACUCCUUGUAUUUUCACCGCUAGCUUCCCGUUGAAUCUACAAUUCAAUCUGGGGUUCGCUGCUAUGUACUUCCCCAAAUAUUCUUAUAUUUCUAUAUCUCACCACUAGCUAACGUACUCACCUUUCAUCCCUAAGGUAUAUAUUUGUUUAAAUCCAUAUAUGCAACUGGAGACACCAUUACCCUAAGUUACUUAUAACUCUCUACAGGGUGAUUUCCACUUCAACUAUACUCUGAUAUAUAAGUAUACCUGUUCGUAUCCUUUUCAGUCUCAGACUAGCAUUUUGUUGCAAAUGAAAAACAUAAUUUUUUUUGCAACACUACAUAGCAUAUCUGUUUCAGUCUGUAUUUAACUGUUUGGAUACCGUUGAUACAAAUUGUGACGGACCACUGGCACUCCGACCGAGUACCUCCGCCAAUCGAUGCUCCUAGUGCUUGCCGAGGACUCCAAAUACUCCACCAGGCACCAUAACCACUAGAGACCCCACUUCCAGCGAUGCAGCUGCGCCGGGGUCUAGCCGUCUUCUACCCACCCUGGACCCAAGACAGGGAUCCAGCUUCCAGUGGGUAGACCUCUCCUACUCCAGAGAGCUUGGCAGGAACAAGAGCUUAUACUCAGGGGAGUAUUGUGAUUAUAGCAAUCCCCAAGAGUGUAGUUAUCCCAUCCCCCAAACAUGAGCCAAGACUUCAUGAAGGGGUAAAGCAGGUAUGUUUAAUGGAAGCAAGCACUUACAAUUUAUACAAUUCCUCAGGCCAGAGCCACACCCCCUGGACCUGAUGAUACACAGACACACAAAGGACACAAACCAAUCAGAAUAAUACAGCAAUAUCUGACACUCCCACAUACACAGUAAAAUCCCUCCCUUCUAUUCUGGAGACAAUUGGCUUAAGUAACCGUAGUAUACUCAAUUAUCUCCAGAUACAGAAAAUAUCUCUAAGUUACAACUGCAACAAAACACAUUAAAAUACAUAACUUAUAUUCCAUAGAUCUGAACCCCCACAUUCAACCUAUCCCCAGUUAUAUCCCCAUAUAUCCAAACAGCACUCAGAUCCCAGGAAAAUAGUCAAAUCGCCAUGGGUUCAAGCUUUGUGGAAGUCUCUUUGGACCGACCGCAGCAUGUCUUUCCUGCCCAAAAAAGUUCCACAGAAUUUGGCUGUGUGGCCGGUCUAUUUCCAGUGUUAAGUUCAGUUUAAAUAGACUAACGGCAACUGUUCGUGUAAACCGUCAAUGUUAAAGUGCCAUUCGAAUUGGCGAACAGCGUUCAACUCCAGUUGAAGUGUGAAAGUUCCAGAGAAGGUAAAGUUCACCGGUGUUCGUGCUGUUGCGUGUCCGAUUUGACCAAACAACGAUGAACGCGUUCGACUAAACAAGAUGGCCGCUGCCAUGUGUUUGGCUAAACGAACGGCGACCACCCAGCCGUUUGUCGAUUAGCUGCGGUUAACCGCAGCUCCUUGUAGGUAAAUGAGGGACACACUCCACUUGUGUGUGGUCCGGCUGUUCGGUAGUUUGUUUGGCAACUCCAAAUACUGAACCAUAUAGGGAAAAAAAGCAUGAACAAGCCUUUUCUCAGUCUUGGGACACAGUUUUAGCGCAGGGGCCAUAAUCAUGGGUCGAGAGGCUGGCAAGCAGGCCUCUCCACUUAAUAUUCACAUUAUUUUUUAUUUUAUUUAGAUAUUUUGUUGUUCGUUUCUUCAUUAGGGAUUUAAUAAAAUUAUAGUUCUUCUUUGCUCUUUAUAAAUAAAGGCACCUUUAAACCUAUUACUGGCAGAUAGUGAUGUCCCGAACGGUUCGCUGGCGAAUAGUUCCUGGCGAACAUAGCGUGUUUGCGUUCGCCACGGAUGGCGAACAUAUGCAAUGUUCGGUCCGCCCCCUAUUAAUUUACUAAUACUAAGUAAAAAUUACUUAGUAUUAGUAAAUUGUGCCCCUACUCGCAAUACCGCGAGUAGGGGCAUGCCUAUUAGACAGUGAGCAGCCUGUGGCUGCUCACUGUUAAAAAAAAAAAAAAAAGGGUCGUCCCCCCCCGGUGGGGGCCCUAAAUACUAAUAGGAGGGGACCUAUUGUCCUCCCCCCGGCCCCCACCCCUGAACGGUGGGAGGGGCCCUAAAAAUAACAAUAAGGGGGGGACCUACUGUUCCCCCCUGGCCCCCACCCCUGAGCGGUGGGUGGGGGCCCUAAAAAUAACAAUAGGGGGGGACCUACUGUCCCCCCCCGGCUCCCACCCCUGAGCGGUGGGUGGGGGCCCUAAAAAUAACAAUAAGGGGGGGCCUACUGUCCCCCCUGGCCCUCACCCCAGAGCGGUGGGUGGGGGCCCUAAAAUUAACAAUAAGGGGGGACCUACUGUCCCCCCCCGGCCCCCACCCCUGAGCGGUGGGUGGGGGCCCUAAAAUUAACAAUAAGGGGAGGACCUAUUGACCCUAGUCACCCCUCCCCUCCCAAAAAAAUGAUCUCCCUACCUACCCCCCUCACCCUAAAAAUAAUGAGUGGGGGACCUUUAACUAAAAACCAGUAAAAGAAAUUAGAUAAAAAUAACUUACCAUUUGAUGUUUUCUUUCUUCUACAAUCUUCAUUUUUGAGCCCCAAAAAAGGCCUAAUAAAAAGCCAUAAGAACCGAUGCAAUAAAAAAAACAAAAAAAACGAGCGCACAAAAAAUAAUCCAUCUUCACCCAUGGAGGGCUCCGCGCAGACUGAGCUCUGCAGGGCGGGGGAAUCCAUCCAAUCACAGUGCUCUGUGUCAUUUUACACAGCGUGGGUAAAUUGAACUUUCCCACGCUGUGUAAAAUGACACAGAGCACUGUGAUUGGAUGGAUUUCAAGCCAUCCAAUCACAGUGCUCUGUGUCAUUUUACACAGCGUGGGAAAGUUCUUUCGAAUUUUCCCACGCUGUGUAAAAUGACAAAGAGCACUCUGAUUGGCUUAAACCAGCCAAUCAGAGUGUUCUUAGCCUAAUUGCAGGACGUGGCAAGGCUUUAUAAGCCUUCCCCCGCCCUGCAGAGCUCAGUCUGCGCGGAGCCCUCCAUGGGUGAAGAUGGAUUAUUUUUUUGUGCGCUCGUUUAUUUUUUUUAUUUUUUUUUUUUUAUUGUGUCGGUUCUUAUGGCUUUUUAUUUGCCCUUUUUGGGGCUGAAAAAAGAAGAUUGUAGAAGAAAGAAAACAUCAAAUGGUAAGUUAUUUUUAUCUAAUUUUUUUUUUACCGGUUUUUAGUUAAAGGUCCCCCCCUCAUUAUUUUUAGGGUGAAGGGGGUAGGUAGGGAGAUCAUUUUUUUUGGGGGGGCGGAGGGGUGACUAGGGUCCCCCCCCUUUGUAUUUAGGGCCCCCACCCACCGCUUAGGGUUGGGGGCCGGGGGGGACAAUAGGUCCCCCCCUUAUUGUUAAUUUUAGGGCCCCACCCACCACUCAAGGGUGGGGGCCGGGAGGGGGACAAUAGGUCCCCCCCUUAUUAUUAAUUUUAGGGCCCCCACCCACCGCUCAGGGGUGGGGGCGGGGGGGGGACAAUAGGUCCCCCCCUUAUUGUUAAUUUUAGGGCCCCCACCCACCGCUCAGGGGUGGGGGCCGGGGGGGACAAUAGGUCCCCCCCUAAUUGUUACUAGGGCCCCCACCCACUGCUCAGGGGUGGGGGCCGGGGGGGACAAUAGGUCCCCCUUAUUGUUAAUUUUAGGGCCCCCACCCACCGCUCAGGGGUGGGGGCCGGGGGGGACAAUAGGUCCCCCUUAUUGUUAUUUUUAGGGCCCCCACCCGCCGCACAGGAGUGGGGGCUGGAGAGGGGGAGGACAGUAGGUCCCCCCCCAUUAUCUUUAUGGCCCCCACCCGCCGCCCAGGGGUGGGGGCCGGGGGGGAGGAGAGUAGGUCUCCUCCCCCCCCCUUCAACCACUAUUGUGGCCAGAAAGAGUCCCUGUGGGUUUUAAAAUUCGCCUGCCUAUUGAAGUCUAUGGCGGUUCGCCCGGUUCGCGAACAAUUGCGGGAGUUUGCAUUCGCGGUUCGCGAACCGAAAAUUUUGUGUUCGCGACAUCACUACUGGCAGAGCAGCCUUUCUCAGGGUACUUCACUGUAUUCUUCAUAAGCUGUCCUCGUUUAGUGUUAAUCUUUAUUAUAGAUCUCUCACCCCUGUCAUCAAAUAUUUCUGUGCCCUCCUUACCUCCCAUUUUUCUGAUUAAUCUAAGGUGGUCCAAAGUUAAAACAAGAGAGGCAUUGACCUCCUAUGAUGCUUACUGCUACAGAGUCAUGUACUGUUGCACUUGUUUAAUCAGCGAUGGAGGAUUACCAGAAAACACUUGUUACAACACCCCUGGCACACAGGAGUGAAAUCGCCAUUUAGUUAAGCUUCCCCUUCCUCAGUAAUGCAGGCUCAAUUCGUGUAUACUUCAACCGUACGAACUGUAACCAGGAGAAUGCGCCAAUCUCCCAAACGGGACCCGUACGGGUGCUCCAAACUCCCGAACAAUAAAUCCACGAAUCGCGGCUAACAGCCGAACCAAUAUAUUCUCCAAGCGGCUUACGUUUCCAGCAAUCAGUCGCUAACCGUGUGUAGUAAAUCCUCCCCAAUAACGAGACCAAGCUCCGCAUUGAGGGUAAAACAAGAACUGGCUUUACUGUGGGCUUCCCGCCCGUAUUUAUGCAGGUCUUCCACUUGGUGGACACUCCCCUAGGGGACCAAAUGGGAGACUGUAGUUACAGACAUAGAGGCACAAAAUAUUCCCACAAUGCAUCUUGGUUUCCUUCCCUCUGCCCAAGAGAUAAUUGAGAAGUAAUUCAAUUAUCUCCCAGGACAGAGGCAAAUCGCCAUUUUAAAUGAAACACAGAAAACACACAAAAAUGAAUAAUUAUACAACUACCGAAUAUAUUCCAUUCGUAUAACGUAUCCCCAGAUAGCCUGGAUCUGAGUGCAUAUUCCUACCGAAUAGCUCUUAGAUCCCAUACGCACAGUUCAAUCGCCAUGGAGUCAAAGUCUCUUACAGGUCUUUCGGUAUGCGAUUGACUCCAUGGGAUGGCUAUCUGGGUUAAGUUCAUUCGUAUCCUCGGAACUCCCGAACGGCCCGGUGUUCGCAUGCCUCGACGAAUAAGAACGGCGGUCGGUGGAUUCACGGUGUUCCGUAGAAAGUGUCCGUUUUUAAUUCCAUAGAAUCUGCGCCGAAUACCGCUGGUCUUUCGCCUGUUCUAACUGGGCCGCCGCCUCAUGGUCAGCAUACGAACGACGACCACCCAGCCUUUGGCUAUAAUUAAGAGGUGUCUGUGGUUAACCACAACAUUCUAAUUGGAAUCAAGAGGUUAACCAGCAGCACACUUCUCUUCUGGGUGGCCGUCCGUUCAGUAAGUUCAUUCGGUAAAAGUUCAAACAGACGAAUAGGGGUAUACGGACAGGCAAUUCCAUGAAGGGAAGGCAAACUAGACGAACCAGCAAUAUUAGUAUUACAGAUGAAUCGGUCACAACACUGAUCUCCUUCUCUGUACAUUUCUUACUCUGGUUCUGUUCGUCAUGUCACAUCAUUUAAUAAAGCUUCUCCAGUCACCGGCUAUACUGUAUUAGUAGGACCUUCCAGUCUCCUAGCCCUUAAUCAAGAUCUAAAAUCAACCACGCUGUAUUUUCAAAUGUUUUAUUUCAGUAAAGUGCUUUAAUUGUAUUCAUAAUCACAGUUUAAAUGUUAGAACUUUGCAGGUUGUAAGCUUCCUUCUCUUUUUAAAUGGAUGCAGUUUUAUGUGUGAUUAGGGCAAACCUGUUCAACGGUGCUAUGGUCACAAAACACUUAUAAGGCCAUUCACCAAAUUCAAAUCCGAUUGGAUUAUUUAAUAAAGUGAGAUUUGUUGGGAAUUGAAAGUGAAUUUAACAUUGAAAGGGUUUCUUUUUUUUUUUUUCAUGUUAGAAUAAUUCCCUAUUGGGCAUUAUUCUUUAGAUUCCUCCCACCCUCCCACCCUGAUAAUUUGUAAAAAUAGGUUUAAAAAGAGUUAUAAAAUGUGGUUUACUUACCGAAAUCCAGCACGAGGCUAAACGACCCUGUGCUGUUCAGCAUGACCCGUCUGGCAUCAUGGAAGCCAUGCAGAGGAACAUCUCUUUAGAAGCCAUUGAUGGGACCAUUUACCAUUUAAGCAUUUAGGGCCCCUCGAUGAGCCCUAUAUCUUCAGGGGCCCGGUCAGCACUGAGGCCGCGUUAUAGCAAGACCGGGCCCCUUUAAAAAAAAUUGCGGCUGCACCGCAAGUGCUGCUGGGAGGAAUUGACGGUCGAUCACUUCCUCCCAGCUUACUCCGCGUGGGGGGAGAGACAGCCAAGUCAGUAUGUAUGUCUGUGUGUGUAUUUUUAUAUCUAUCAGUAUGUGUGAAUGUAUAUCAGUAUGCAUGUAUGUCUGUGUAUGUCAGUAUGUAUGUGUGUAUGUAUCUAUCUGUGUGUCUCAGUAUGUAUAUAUGUCAGUAUGUAUGUAUGUCUGUGCGUGUGUCAGUAUGUAUAUAUGUCGGUAUGUAUGUCUGUGUGUGUGUAUGUCAGUAUGUAUGUAUAUAUCAGUAUGCGUGUGUGUGUGUGUGUGUCAGUAUGUAUGUAUAUAUCAGUAUGUGUGUGUGUGUGUGUGUGUAAAUGUCAGUGUGUGUGUGUGUGUGUGUAUCAGUAUGUAUGUAUGUGUGUCAGUAUGCAUGUAUGUCAGUUUGUAUGUCUGUAUGUAUAUGUGUAUGUAUAUAUCUAUCUGUAUGUGUGUGUAUGUCUGUAUGUAUGUAAAUCAGUAUGUAUGCCAUUAUGUAUGUCAGUAUGUAUUUAUGUGUAUGUAUAUAUGUCUCUUUGUAUAUCUGUAUGUCUGUUUGUCAGUAUGUAUGUAUGUCUCUAUGUAUGUGUGUGUGAGAGUAUGUGUGUAUGUCAGUGUGUGUGUCUGUAUGUCAGUAUGUGUGUGUGUGUGUAUCUGUAUCUCCUUAUGCAUCUGUAUGUGUCUGUAUGUGUGUGUCAGGAUGCCUGUAUGUGUAUGUCUGUUUCAGUAUUUGUGUCUGUUAGUAUGUGUGUAUCUUUCUGUGUGUGUGUCUUUGUCCUUUUGUGUCUGUGUGUGUAUUCCUGUGGGCAGGAUUUGUAAGCUGGGCUUGGAGGCGGGCACCCGGGGGCCCAGACCUUGAGCUGUGUUAGGGGCCCCACAAUUUCUGAUGGCGGCCCUGGUUUUAGCAGUACAACUGAGCCAAACUCAAUUUAUGCACAGACCCCAGCAGGUGGCCUCCAUUGUAUUCAACACAAACCCCUCCUGGGAAUCUCUGGGUCUGGGAGAUAAUUAAGUUAAAAACCGGUAAGCUAAUUAUCUCCCAGGGACAGAGAGCCAAACACAAAAAUAUAAAAACAUAAAAGUACUCCAAAACAUAAUAAAAACAUACAAUAACCCCACAUAUUAUACACUCAGAUCCAUGCAGUGUAGGGGAAACGCCACCGUGUUAAAGUUCCAGGGUGUUUGGUGCUUUUGCCGGUAAACUUUUGGGAGCUCUUGCGUCCAAAUUAUGGGGUGCUCCAUCUGUCUCUAAUGUAGCUUUUGUUCCCCUUGGUCUCUGGCACCUUCCCUCCAAAAAACGCUCUCCUGGCAGGUUGCAAAGUGGUUCAAACCCCAGACUAAGUUGUCCGUGAACCGCACGGUCACCUCAUGCCGAAAACAGCUCCAUAACCUUCGCGGCUAAGUAUCGCUGAGGUGACCGGAGACCCCCAAACUCCUCAUGCCAAAAUGAGUUCCAUAGCGGUCGCGGCUAAGUACCGGUGAAGGCCAUUUGUGGGUUUGGUUCAUGCGAACGGCCGCCAGGGAGCAAGCGUUCAGUUCCAUUCGAAUGAAGGGAAAGUGCUGAACCAGGGGCCCCCAGAAAAAGCUGCUAAUGGCGGCUGAGUAUGGUAACUCCUGAACGGUGUCUCAGACCAGGACCAUAGUUGGUGGACAGGAAGGUUUCCACACUCCUCCAAGAGUUCGUAGCAAUCGUUUGUGGGAAGGAAUGUUUGUCACAGUAAUCUCCUGCAGGAAAAACUGGAUUGGCUCUGUUUAGCUAAGCACAGCUGACCCAAAAUGAUGCUCAUUGGCUGAAGCUCUCAGAUAAUGAGUGCAGUCCUGCAUCACCUUGCUUAGAGCUAAUUAAAUUCUGCAGGAGAAUAAUGGCAUACAGGUACCUGGCGAGACAUAGGUAAGUUGUCAGACCGUUCUAAAAUGGAUUGACGAAUUAUGCCGGGAAGACGCCAAGACACUCCUGGCACCAUAACCAUUAUGUUAUGGUGCUUAAAAUUUUUCUUUAAUAAAACACUAAUCUUUGACACUAUAAGUGUCUAUUUCGGGUGACCUUAUCCCCUUUUUUUCCCCUCAGGUCCAAGAGUCUUCCUUAGCGUCCAAGAUUAUUAAAUUAAAGAAAAACCUAUAUAAACAUGUAUAUUGUAUCACAAAAUAGACUAUAGUUUAUCUUCUCUGUACUUUUUUUCAAUUUUUUUUUUUUUAGAAACACUGAACCAAAAUCCAGAUAUACAGUAAGAAAACACUUUUUAGGAUUUAUACUUGGUGAUGCAUACUCUUUAUUAUAAUUACACUCUGCGAUAAAUGCACUUUAUUUAUAGCAACAUUUUUUUUUUUGAAUAUUGUGGCAAAGACAGAGGUCCACCCAUUCAAUAUAUAUCUCCAUGCGGUUUUUCACAAAGCAGGAUAUUCAGGACUUUUCAAUAGUAAUAUCUAAUUAUUGCCAGAUUGAAAUAGAGAAGGAGUGUUUUCCAUUGUUUUAGAAUUGCCUCAAUCUUGGCGAUUUCUUUUUUUGUUGGUCAAACAGUAAAUUUGUGGAAGGUUGAACAUGAUGGAGUAAGUGGAGUAUUUGUUCAGUUUAUAUUACUUUCUAUCUGGUGACAAUGUGCAGAAGUAAUAUAACAACAGCAAAAUAUCAACAAUAUAACAACAUGCUUAUUUAAUGCUGUAGCCUCUUGAAUGCUUUUUGUUUGUUGGAUGUCUGAACACGCAUGUGCCCAAUGCAUUGUGGGGCAGCAAAAUCACAGUGAACAAGUGCAAUUUUUACUUACCUUUGCAGCACUACCCACCCCUUCAGUAACAUUUACUGGAAUAAAGAAAGCAGGAACGAGGGACAGUGAAGUGAUUAUUACAGUAAAAGAAUGUUUCAGCCCUGAAUAUGACAGUACGGACACAGGAAGCAACAAAAUUCUGAACUCACCAGUAAUAUCUUCCCUGAUUGUUUCUCCUUGCAGAGAUAGUUCGGAGUGUAACAGUGGAAUUAUCACCUCCAACAGUGUAUGAAAAUACCCCUGAUGUCAGUCUGUUCUGCAAAGCAGCCACCGGAGGAGAGACAUUUACCUGGCUGAAGAAUGGGGCACCUCUUCCUGCUAAUUACAGUUACACCUUACUGGAUGGAAACAGAACAUUACAGAUAAAAAGCCCAAACAUAACUUAUAAUGGGAAUUAUACCUGCAUUGUGUCGAACCCUGUCAGCUCGAGCAAUAAUACCAUAGAACUGAUAGUUUACCGUAAGUACCUCCAGUCCAGGAAUCUCAUUAACAGGACUAAUUCAAGAGACACUGUAGUCCACUGAAGCUUAAUGAUGUGGUUCUGGUGUCUAUUGCCUGUCCCUGCAGUGUUAGCACUUUAAACACUGUCUUUUCAGAGAAAAAGCAGUAUUUACAUUUCUGCCUUGUAACACCUGUGGUGGCAGUGACUCAGACGGCCACUAGAGGUGCUUCCUAGUCCAGUGGUGAACAGUGUGCAGCACUGGCAUUCAGCAUCUCCACGCUCUGCAUGGAGGUGCUAAAAGCUCCCCAUGAAGAUACAUUGAUUGAAUACUUCUCUAUGAGGAGAUGCUGAUUGGUGCAGAGCGGCGGUUUGCCACACAUACAGAAUAGCCUCCCAAUACGUUCCUAUGGGAAAGCAUUUCUUUUACUCAGAUCAUCAAUAUUGGUGAUCUCCGCCAUAAAGGCAGUGACUUUAUCACUAUAGUGCCAGGGGUACAUUAUUCUAUUCCUCACACUGUAGUGUUCCUUUAACUAAUGGUCUAAGAAGGACAAAAAGACUCCUAUAACCAUGGCGCCUUUUGUGGGUUGGAUGUCUGAAUUUGAUGGCGCUAUAUAAAUAACAUAAUAAUAAUAAACAACCCAAGCACCAUAACCACUACAGCCCACUUGAUUGAUUUUUGUUGGUUGGGUGCAUGAACGCUUUUGAAUGUGCCCAAGGAAUUGUGGAUUAGCAGAAUCACCCUGAACAAGUGCCAUUAUUGCUUAACUUUGCAGCACUACCCACCCCUUCAGUAACAUUUACUGGAAUAAAGAAAGCAGGAACGAGGGACAGUGAAGUGAUUAUUACAGUAAAGGAAUGUUUCAGCCCUGAAUAUGACAGUACGGACACAGGAAGCAACAAAAUUCUGAACUCACCAGUAAUAUCUUCCCUGAAUUGUUUCUACUUGCAGAGAUAGUUCGGAGUGUAACAGUGGAAUUAUCACCUACAACAGUGUAUGAAAAUACCCCUGAUGUCAGUCUGUUCUGCAAAGCAGAUACUGGAGGAGAGACAUUUACCUGGCUGAAGAAUGGGGCACUUCUUCCUGCUAAUUAUUAUUAUUAUGUUAUUUAUAUAGCGCCAUCAAAUUCCGCAGCGCUUUACAAUGGGUGGACGAACCGACAUGUAAUUGUAACCAGACAAGUUGGACACACGGGAACAGAGGGGUUGAGGGCCCUGCUUAAUGAGCUUACAUGCUAGAGGGAGUGGGGUAUAGUAACACAAAAAGGUAAGGAUAGUAUUAGACUAGUGACAGUUGCAGAAGAGGUAUCAGUCAGGAGCUAUUAACAGUUUAAUUGAUACGCUUUUAUGAAGAAGUGGGUCUUUAACGAUUUUUUGAAGGAGUGGAGACUGGGUGAGCAUCUAACAGAGGAGGGAAGCGAGUUCCACAGGAACAGUGCAGCCCUCGAGAAAUCUUGAAGGCGAGCAUCAGAGGUGGGAGUACGGACAGAAGAUAGAAUGUAAGUCUUCAGCAGAUCGUAAGGGCCUAGACGGGAAAUGUGUAUAAGGGAGGAUAGAUAGGUGGGAGCAGCAUUAUGUAGCGAUUUGAAAGCAAGAAAUAGAAUUUUAAAUUGAGUUCUAUAUUUUAUAGGAAGCCAAUGAAGGGACUGACAGAAGGGUGAGGCAUGGGAGGUGCGGGCGGACAGGAAGAUGAGCCUCGCUGCCGCAUUCAUUAUGGACUGUAACGGCGCAAGUUGGGAGCACAUAAGACCACUGAGAAGCGGAUUACAGUAGUCAAGGCAAGAAAGGACAAUGGAAUGGACCAACACCUUAGUCGCAUCUGGCGUUAAGUAGGGGCGGAUGCGCGCAAUGUUUUUGAGAUGGAAAUGACAGGAUAUGGUGAUAGACUGAACAUGAAGCUUGAAGGAGAGGUCGGAGUCAAAGAGAACACCUAGGCAGCGAGUCUGCAUGGUGAAGCUGAUGGUAGCACCGUUGACUUGGAGGGAGACAGACACAGGAGUAACAACACUUGAGGGAGGAAAGACCAGAAUUUCAGUUUUGGUCAAGUUUAGUUAAGGAAGUGGGCAGCCAUCCAGUUAGAAAUAGCAGAGAGGCAGUCAAUGACACUAGUCAAGAGGGACGGGGAGAGAUCAGGAGAGGACAGGUAGAUUUGCGUGUCAUCUGCAUAGAAAUGAUAUUGGAAGCCAAAGAAUUUAAUGAGUUUACCAAGGGAGGCAGUAUAGAUGGAGAACAGUAGGGGACCAAGGACUGAAUUAUAGUUACACCUUACUGGAUCGAAAAAGAACAUUACAGAUAAAGAGCCUAAACUUAACUAUUAACAGGAAUUAUACCUGCAUUGUGUCGAACCCCGCCAGCUGGAGCUAUGCUACCAGAGAAAUUAUAGUUUACCGUAAGUAUCUCCAAUCCAGCAAUCUUAUUACUAGAGCUCAUUCAAGGGACACUAUAGUCACCAAAACCACUGCCGCUUAAUGUAGUGGUCCAUGUGUCUAUAACCUAUCCCUGCUGCAGUGUUAGAACUCUAUCAUGCCAGGAAUGCAUAUUUGUAUUUAUCAUACUAUAGUGUUCCUUUAACUAAUGGUCUAAGCAGGACAAAAAUAUAAUUUAAAAACCUUGAUAGGGCUAUGCUACAAUUUGUAAAACAACUUUCAGAAAUCCCUUUACCUGCAAUGAAACCUAUUUUAAAUGAGGCAUUAUUGGGCUCUCUCAGAAACUUACAUACAUGUUUUUAUUUUCAAGUAUUUUGCAGAAUGAAACUUAGACCAUAAAACGUUAUCCACCCUCAUUUACACUCUAGUUAUGAUUACCACACUGUAGAGAUACACAUUUCACUGCUAUAAGCCACUGGUCACAGAUAAAAUACCUGCAAGGAUGCUACAAAUGCAGCUCAUCCCCUGCUUCCAAACAGUAAAGGAAGUCGCAAUGGGUUGUACCAUUCUGACAAUCAGAGAGGGGGGGUUGUGAAUGCACUCUACCAUUUUGAUGUUAGAAUCAAAUUAGCAUUCCAGAGAAUUAGAGAUCAAUUUGUGUAGAUUUUUUAUAUAUUUUUUUUGUUUGUUAGAAAUAUUUAUUUAUAAAAUAUUUUCACAGGAAGGAUACAUUGAGGUUUCUCUCGUUUUAAAGUGUGUCAUGGGUAUAUGAUUUAACUGUAUGUAGUGUAUGAGCAUUAUUCAUUUUACAUUACAUUACUAUGACAUUUUCAGUAAGCUGUGCUGGUAAUGCCUUCAAUGUCCUUACAAAUCCGUGUAAGCAGACUAGUUCACCAUUUGUUGUUGUUUUUUUUUUUUUAUAUAUAUAUCUUUUAUAUAUUACAUUUCAUACUACAAAACAGACAUUACUUUGAGUUGACUUAACUGUUCAACCAUAUUUAUGUAUAAUCUUAUUAUUAGACUUUAUAAUUUUAUUAUAUUAUAGACUAUUUGACCGUUUGGAUUUAUUUAAAUUUGUCACUCCUACUACAUGUGAGAAAACUUGAAUUUUUACUUUUAUACUAACAUUUCAGAAUCCGUGUGAAAUAAUUCUAGAUAAAGGAUGCUGCACACGGUCUAAAGCUUUUCAUUUACCAUUUUUUUUAAUAAGUGAAAAAUAAAAUUUGUGUAAAUGUACAUAAAUUAAAUUUUUAAGUUUGUCGCAAAACCAUCUUUACACAAUAUUGCUAUAUGUUAAUAUGCUGGCUAUGAAGGCCUUGCUCUAAAUAAAUCUUCUGCUAAUAUGUUUUCCAUCAAAAAGUGGUUAAUAGAGAAGGGGUUAAACUAAUUAAAGAGAAAGUGUUAAUUGCCCUUACCAAAUAUUAUGAACUUUGGAGCACUGUUCUCAUUGACUGCAUAAUACAUUAAAAUGGGAGGUCAGUCUGGAUAAUAAUUAAAAACAGGUGAUUUCACUUUAUUUUAUCAUAUCUUUCCUCAUUCUCUUUUCUCUAAUUUUCCCCAAGUCUAUCUCCCUCUCUCUUCUCCCCAGUGCAUUCAAUAUUUAUCUUCUGUAAUCCACGUUCAUUCCCCUAAUGUUUCUCUUUCAUUGGUCUCCACCCUCCCAUUGGUCCCAUUGCAUCUUUUUUCCCAAGUUCUCACCACCAGUUUCUAUCUUGAAAGGUACCCUUUAGUAUUUAUUUCUUCCCAUAAACUUCCUUCUAUCCAUCUAUUGCUUUCUGUUUCUACCUCUAUAGUUUUUGGGUGGCCCCUUAUUUAAUGACUGCUAAUACACUGAAAGUGAUAUCCUCCUCCUUUUAAAGAAUAAAUGACGCUUCAAAGACGCUUUUUUUCUUACAUGUCAUCACUGUACCCCACUCCCUCUAGAAUGUAAGCUCAUUGAGCAGGGCCCUCAACCCCUCUGUACCUGUGCGUCAAACUUCUCUGUUUACAAUCUGCGUUACCAUCUGCGUAGUGCAGGAUUCUAAAACACCCGUUAAAAUAAUGGAUUCCCAUCUAAUAUAUAUUUUUCCAGGAGAUAACCGUCCACUUCUUCAUCUCAAUUCCAAAUCUUCGUAACCCUUGUACUGAUCCCACCUCUUGUAUCCAUCUGUUUUGAUAUUCCGUAGAGACAUUUUUCUAUCAUUCCUAGAGGGACUUACUUUAGAUUGUAAAAAUUAUAUAUUUCUAGAAAUGUUUUAUCAGUGAAUACUUUUAAAGAGCAUCAAAGAUCUUAUCAGAUAUUGCAUGGCUUGUUAUUCAGUGCUUUCUCUGGUUUCACUCGUGCCAAAAUGGCAAGUGGCAGCAGAUCAUACUGGGUCAUGAGAUUGUCGAUAGAGAGUUCCUUUGGUCGUGUCAUGAUGCCUUUCAUGGACUGCUGGAAACCAACACAUGACAUUCAAGGGGUUUUGUUAACUUGCAUUCUGAUCUUAGAAAAUCGCAUUUGUUUCAGAAGGAUAUUUUCUUCAUUCUUCUUUAUUCUGUCAAAGGACUGCGUAUUUCUUUUAAAGAGUUAUAAACAUAUAAUAAUAUAUAUUCUGAAGUUCUAGAGUGGGGUUCUGAGUGAAGUAUGAUUUUGAUUUAUUUUAUUCCAAUGAUUUGGCUUUCACUGGGAAAUGCCUGAGUGUGUUCUUCAGCAGUAAUGGGGGUUUCCAGAGUGGGAAUUAUUGAAAGGGACUCUAUUAGCACCCACACCACUUCAUCUCAACAAACCCUGCAAGUAAAACAAUUGCCAUUCAGCAUAUGUAAAUGUUAAAAUUUUAUACUAUCUGAAAUAAGGAUAAUAUACCUUUAAAAUGCCAGGAGUGGCGAAAGUGAGAAGAACGUAAACAAAGAACAGUACAAUAAAAAAUAAAUUCAAUAGAUAUGAUAAAAACCAACAAGAAAAUGCCAAAAAUAAGAUGGAGCAUUGGUGUAUCUAAAAAAUAAAAAAAACAGAAUCUGAAUUUAGAAAAAUCUGCAAUGGACUAAACAGUUCUCGUGGUGGAGCUGCGUGUAAAAUGUUUAUAAUCUAGCAGAGUAAAAUUUUGCUAUAGCAUUCAGAUAAUGCCAGAGAGAGCAUCGGAUUAGCGCAGUCCUGUGUUUUGCCGCGUUUGCGUACUAGCAUCCCAAGCCUUUUAUAUAGGAAAGCAUUGGAAUGGCUGAGAUCAUCAAACUUGACUAUCUCAGCCAAUAUGCUGGGGCCAGCCGCAGAGACCGGGGCUGCGAGAGAGAAAAGGUAAGUAAAAUACCUCUUUUACAGGUGGGGGCUGAGGUCCAAAACAGCCGACCGUUCACUAUUCGCAUUCGGAAUGCUUGUGUUCCUAACAUUAUAGUGUUCAUUUAAGUUUGUUCUAGAGUUGCAGUUGCGUUAUCCAAGCUGUAUCUAUGCCCCACAUGUAAUUUAUUUUUUUAAUUAAAAUAGUUUGCCUUUUUAUGGCUGUUGAAAGCAAUUAAGUAUUUGCGUUCUGGGGUAUUUUGGAUGCAAAUUCAGCUCUGGAUAUUACUGCAUGUCUAGAUUAGCAAGGAUUAUUACAUCCUACCUACAAACCAUUCAACGUUCAUAAUUAAACUAUGUAAUAAUUAAUUGUAAUGAUUAGUUACACCUACCUGGUGGAUGUUCCGUGCUACAACUAGAGGCACGUUGUUUGACUCGGCAUUAGAUUGACAUUAUACAUGUAAGGAAUGUCAGACAAUACAAGAAGCAGAUCUAAUAAUGUUACAUUUUUGUUGUUCUGUUCCAUAGCUGUCCCAGUUACUUCGCUCAGUGCAGGCGCCAUUGCUGGCAUUGUGGUUGGUUCUGUCUGUGGAGGAAUAUUACUCAUUGCAUUUAUCAUCCUGAUUGUGUGCUGUGUGAAAAGGAGGAAAGGUAAGUCCGAUCUAAAAACAGAUCAAAAGUAUAUCUUCUACUCUCUCUGUAUCAAGGAGGUUACUUAGUCAGAAGUAGUGCAUCAUUUCUCACUGAAAAUAUAAUUAUUAAUUAGUGAAAACCAUAUAAACCCCCUAAACAAUUCAAUUCCAGAAGAACCAAGGACACGUAUCUUUUUUUUUUUUAAUUUAUAGAAACAAGGAUUACAUGUUAUAAAGAAUAUAUGAAUUCAUUUUUUUUAUUGUGCAUCUCAUGGUCACUUGACUUAGAUCUGCUAAAACCAAGACCAAUAUAGAACUGUCCUAGUCCGCAUUUUCACGCUGCCUGGCACAUGCACAUAACAUCAUGAACACACACUAGCUCUUGAUUACACACUUACACAUAGGGUUUUUAGUGUGACCAAAUUAAUUAAAAUGCGAUAGAAAUUUUCAUUGUAACUCAGAGGGACUGUAUCUGAUUUAUAUCCUUGGAUAAGGGAAUUUUGAAAAGAAAACAAUGUAAAUAUAAAAAAAUACCCUCUACAAUGAGUACAAAAAUACACACAGCUAGGAAAUAGCAGGUUCUGCUUUAAUAUAGGAUUUUUACAUCCGCAGCAUCAUGAACAAAUAAGUGAAUGUGAUUGGCUGGGCUUUUCCAACCAAUCAUAUUUCUACAUUUGUUUUUAACUCCCAGAGGUAUCAAGGGAUAUCAGACUAAAAUCUAUAAAUUAGUUGUUCUGGAAUUUGCAGUCUGUUUCGGCAACAUUUGGAUCUUUGAUAUAUAGUUAAACUUCUAUAAGGUUUAAAAAUAAUAUCAGGAAGUAUUACUUUACUGAGAGGGUGGUGGAUGCAUGGAAUAGCCUUCCAGCUGUAGUGGUAGAGGUUAACACAGUGAGGGAGUUUAAGCAUGCGUGGGAUAGGCAUAAGGCUAUCCUAACUAUAAGAUAAGGCCAGGGACUAAUGAAAGUAUUUAGAAAAUUGGGCAGACUAGCUGGGCCGAAUGGUUCUUAUCUGCUGUCACAUUCUAUGUUUCUAUGUUUCUAUAUUUCUACAAUUUGUUUUUUUUCAUCAGAUUCAAAUUCCCAUAAAUUACUUUGCAAAUGUUUGGACAAUAGCUUAAAGUCUGUAAAAAUGUUUUUCGUAAAUACCUAUGUAAUUGUUUUUCAUUAAGGUUGUCUCUUACACCCAAAUUUUACUAACUGGCUUAUUUCAUUAGCUUAAUGUAUACUUGGCCAUGCCUUUUCUCAUAAUAAAUUAACAAUUUAAGUUUCUAUUUUGUAUUGCUAAACCUGUCUAGUUCCAUUAUCUUCUGUUUCUUAGUUUUUUAACAUCUAGUGCAUAAUGCACAUUAAGGUACUUUUUCUAGUGAUGUCCUUAUAAUAAGCACGUGGUCCUGCUGUUGUGUUCCGAGUGGACUGGAAUCUGUAAUUUUUAAUUCACAGGAUAACUAUCUGUUUAGCUUUUUAAAACCAGCUCCACUUCAACCAUCAAAGACUGGGUCAUUGCCCGUGAAUUGCAAUCAUGGAAAUCAUAUUUUUUUGUUUUUGUUUCAUAUUGAGUAUAAAAUGAACGUCUCUAUAACAUUUAAUUAUUCAUUAGGAAAAAAGGAGAAACAGCCUGUAAAGAAAAGUCCUACAAAGAAAAACCCUGGAGGUCCUAAUCACAAGGAUGUUCUCCGUACCGUAAGUUUAUUAUCUACGUUAUUUGUUCUAUUUGGUUGUUCCAGUUAAACUACAUUAUCUUGUCUGUACACACGGCUAGUGUUUCUUGUUUUGGUCGGUCCUCCUUCAUCUUGUAUCAACGUCUUCUUGUUUUAAUGCUUAGUUUGGUCUAGCUCAUUCAUUUUGUAAAUGCACAUUUUAAUCCAUCUUCUUGCAUUUAUAUGUUGUUUGUCCAAUCUCACCUCUGCAAUCCUAUUCAUGGUUAUCAAUUAUUAUCAGUAUCUAUGGUUACCCAUUCCGUGCUUUCUCUAUACCCUUUUAUUUGCAUUUUCUGACAGGUAUCUGGCAACACUUUGUCUCCCGAUGACCCUGCUUUCUUCACUGUAAAUAACAUCAUGUAUCGAAACUCUUCACUCUCGAUGGGUUCCUAUAACAUGGUACGUGAAGGGCAGACUGGAGAUCUUACAUGAUGUCUGUGGGGUGUUUUUUUUUCCUGAUGUUGGUGUAUCUAUCUAAUGUAUGAGUGCAUUCAUGUACAUAAGGGUUUACUAAGGGUAUUCUAGUGAAGUAAAAGUAUCGCUUACAGAGAAGGAUUUCAGAAGUUCUAAACAUGGAUCAUUCACCAUGGAAUCCUAUGUAUGUUCUGCUGAUUUGACUCCUUUCCAUGGUGGUUGAUAUAAUUUUAUCAUGAUCAAGUAAGAAUAGCAUAUUCUCAGUCCUGCUCCCAAGACGUAAAGGGCAUGGCGAACAGCUGCAUGGGAGAAAAUACAUAUAUUCUAAUGGAAUAUUUUUAUAAUUUAUUCAGUAAUGUAUUAAAAAUAAAGCACUGCAUUUUGUGCUUCACCCCAGCCUUAUCUCAUCUAUCCACAUACAUUCCCCUCUCCCAGUCUACUUUUCUUGUCUUAUUUCUCACCUACAUUGUCUUCCCAUUUCAUCCAACCCCACUUCCUUCUAACUCUCCUCUGUUAGUCAUCUCACCACUCUUUUUUCAUUGUAUCUUCUAAUCUUCACCAUAUUCUACUCACACUCCCUAUUGCCAUUAUCCACUCCCCCAUCUAUUUUGUGCCCCACCUCAAUUCUAUUUUUCUUCUUCUCUUCUUCUCUUUAUUCUUAAUACCCUUAAUGUUGUUAGUAAUUGUGUUCAGUUACAAAAAAGCCACUUGAUUUACCCAUAUUGCCUUAUCUCUUUGAAAGGACCAACAAGUGAACCGAAGGGACGUACCUGGUACAGUAUGGAAUACGUUAGAAGUAAGCACAUUCCUUUACUUGAUUUUUAUAUGUUUGCAAUGCGUAGGUUAGUUUUCAUACAAGUGUUUCUCAAUUUUAGGAGAAGACUUUAUCUAAAUUAAAGACGUUACAUUUACUGAAAAAGCUACCAAAAGAUCAGCUUGAACGUGAACAUUUAUAACCCCAUUCAAUAUCUUUCCAAAGGAAAAAAAAUGUAAGGCAAAUGGUGAGGAAUUAAAGGUGUUUGUCCCAGGCAAAAAGGGACAGAGUUGGACAAUCCAAAAGUAUACACAGCUUCACCCAGAGACCAUUUGUCAAAUGAGGUAUCUGCGUGAAACCCAAAGAUAAUAUUAAAGUGAAUCGUACAAGAGAUUCAUUUUAAACUUACAACAUAUCCUUCGGCAAAUAUUUAUAAUUUAUGAUAAAGAUAGGUUAUAUAUUGAAUUGCAUUAGGAAAUGUUAAUGAAAUAUAUCCAUAAUGCUUGGUGUGUUAGUGAUAUACCUACCUACCUACUGCCUACUUACUGCUCUAAGUUGGUUUGAUUGCCAGCAGGUCAACAUAUGGACCUACAUUCGGUUACACCUGUUACUCUGUUCCUGCAUUCCUGUAGCAAAAGAUUAGAUGCAUUCAACAUAGAAUAAUCACAGCAACUGCAGCCCAUGAGAUGUAGUUACUGUGAUGACGAGCAUAUGAACUGCCUGUAAUAUUUGUAUACUUGUUCUUUCUGAAAUGGAGAACAAUUUGGUUGGUGGACAAUAUGAAAAGGGAAAAAGGGUGGAAUGAAAAUUGGUGUAGUGUUUGGACAACUUGGCUUACUUUUGAAAUGGUGAGUAAGGCUAGUAGAGCUGUAUGUAAUACAAGGGAGUCCAGGCUUUCCCAGGGGUGAGGUAUUUUCAGCAGGUAAAGGAUUCAGAUUUGGUUUAAGACAAUGUGGCAGAACAGAUUGAGAUUCUUCAUAACCUCACCCUUUCAAUCUUCUCUUUUUUUAGAGCAAUCGUGCCAGCACUCCAAAUAGCCGAAUAUCUUCCAAUUUGAAACCAAAGUCUGCAACCCAAGUGUGAUACUCACCAUUGUAGCAUAUAACCAAGUGUGGCACUUCCUUGUAAGCACUUUGCGCAGUUAGAUGGAAAAUGAGGUGCUUUACCAAACUGAACAUUACAAUGUUAAACAAAUGAUAAAGAUUACGACCAUGCAACGAAUUAAUAUAACUAAAGUUUAAAAUAAUGUUUACUAAAGAUAGCGCAUAUUGCACAUUCCGAAUGGCCAAUUAAAGUAGGUGAUUGCCAUUAUUCUGUAAGGAUGGAAGCUUUUGAUCAAUAAUGGAAAUUUAGUACCAUCUUCACACUAGUGACAAUGUUCCAAGCCACUUGUAUAAAAAGAGUGAUACUGUGAAUGCAUGUUUUAAAUCAGUCACUUACCUUUCAGAUAGAUUUUUAUAUAUCUUAUAAAACAUGAGGUCCUUUUAGAACACAAAGUCCGUCAGUAGGUAGCAGUCUGAAUAUCCAUGUUAUGGGGACACCUCGUACUGACACAAUAAAUUUAUCCGUGUAACAGAAGCAAGGCUGGAACCAGACGGUGUCCGGCAGCUCUCUAGAGAGAACUCAUUUUCACUAUAAGGUAAAGACAUACGACUUUAUAUGGGAUGCCAUUAUAUAGUUCUAAACUGCUGAAUAUUGCACUGACGCAGCCAUAGCACUAAAGCAGAUCGGAUGUGAAAGUGAACUAUGCUGCCAUUAACUGGCUUUUUAAUAAACUGCACAUGUUACAAUGAUUUUACUGCUAUAUACAUCCACCAUGAGGGGGGUAUUAGUCUUUAGUUUUACUGAAAUGGUAUAGUUACCAUAAAGUGAUACAUUGAUACAGAUACCUAUAUAUACGUUGGGUUAUGAUAACACAGAUAUUCAGACUGCUAAUUGUGGGGGGAGGGGACUUUGAAUUUGUUUAAUAAAUGGCUGUAUAACUUUUUGAACUGUUACUAUUACUAAUAUUUACUUUAGACAGAAUGUGUUCUGUUAUUUUAUGUUUUUAUUUUUUUUCACACCGGUGGGGAUGGAAAUGCUUGAAGAAAAUCAUCAGUGCUGCCACCUUCCCAGCUGGAAGCUCCCUUUACUGAACUAGCCCAGCAGCCAAUGAGUAGGCCAUGUGCUGCAGGACUUAGCUGGCAGCCAAUGAGCAGGCCAUGGGCUGCAGGUCUUAGCUCAGGGGUGCUAAUGAAAAGUUCUGUCUGAAAAGUUGGAUAUGACUAGGACCUAGUGGAAUUCAGAAGAGUUGCCAAAUUGCUUAACUAUGUAUCCUGGGAGGAAGAUACUUUUGAUACUACUCUUGCCAGCAAUUUGCUAUAGUGGUUAUGGUGCUUACAGUUUCUUUUAAGUUUAUUCUGAUGAGGAUUGGUUCACAGGAUUACAGAGUGCAUUGGUUUCACCUUCACACUCUCCAACAGACUCUGAGCAAUUUAAUUUCAUGCAAAUUUGUUUAACUCCCACCAUCCCCCCUGUGUUGUGCAUGCAGCAAUAUGAAGGAAUGUACAAGGUCGCAUGCUCAUUUGCAAUAGUUUCCUAGCAGAUGCCUCAGCUCAUAUGAGUUCCCAGAGCAUCAUGGGUUGAUGUAGCACAAUACAUGAACAUCCUGUGGCGAUAAGUGUGCGUUAUAGUAUUACUUACCUCUGUUGCAGUCAUCAGUCCAUAAAUGUAACAACAGUGAUACUUAAGCGAGUGAGGAUUUGAGGAGCUACUCCUUUCAGAGAAGUGGCCCUUAUGUUUUAAAGAUUACCCUAGUCUGUUUCAAGUGAACCCAUCUCCACAGAUCAUGUGGAUCACUGGCUCACAUUGACGUAAGUAUCAAUAUAAAAAAAUAAAAUAUGCAGCCAAAAUCGCCAGCAAGCAUUUACAUUAAAAUAGUUUUUUGUGCAGGUAUCCCAUGGACCCUUCCAGAGCCUGCAGAAGUCAAGGAACAGGUCGGAACAAAUUUACAACUAGAUAACAAUGUGUAUUUUAAAAGCACUGAAGAUAUAUUACUGAUAACUUCGGCAGAAAAUAGUCAUAAAACAGGUGUGUGAAAAGGGUCUUAUUGCCCUAUAUGAAAUAAACAGUGUUUUCUGCUUUUAGAAAUAUCAGACUUGACGGGUAAUUUGAAUUUGAGGGUUGUUAAUUUGUCCCAAAGAUCAAUCAGUCAAAGACAGAAAUGUGAAAAUGAUUACGUGCAUGAUCUACUUAUAUGAUAUAGCGGAAAUGCUGGGGAUUAGAAAAGUAUGGCUUCUCCAACCCAAGUUACAAACUGCCAUUAUGAAGAUUUGUAUUAACUUAGUUGUAUCAAUUUGUGACAUUUGUGAAAUUUUGUGACAUUGCUAAAUGUUUAUGUGUAUGACAUUUUCCACAAUUUUAACUUCAAAACUGGAAUGUGCUUCUUGUAUUAUUUGACACAUAACUGCCAAAUUAGAGUGGAAUCUUGGCAUAUGUGUCCCAACUGUCACAGUAAGUGUUUAAUCUAAUAAGUUUAGAUGCACUAGUUACUUACAAGUUAUUACAUGAAGAAGUGUAAUGUUUUUGUAAAUUUGUUUUAUAUUUUAUUAAAAUUUAAUGAUGCAUUAUGUAUAAUAUAAAUAUAUAAUAUAUGUGAGUGCACUUAUUGAGAAAAAUGGAAAUUACAGUUGAAAGGCCCUGUUCUGAAUUCCAGUUUCUUUUUAUGCCAUCGGUAUUAUUGGCUACAAAUGUAACUACUGUAAAUAUAUUAAGAUCAAAAUAUAUUUGAACAUAUUUUUUAAAUAUAGUAUUUAAAAAAAAAUCUAUUUUAUGUACUAAUCCUGGUAUAUGUUUAUCAUUAUAUUGUGUACUGUUUAAGGUGCCAUAUUUCUCUUUUCUACAAGUUUGGAUUCACAUUUAAUGUAAACAGCUGACUUAACCUUGUGACUGUGCAAGUUUUAUUUUUCAAAACACAUACUAUGAAUAAAUACAUAUAUACAAA